AUAAUACCUGAACAUAUUUCGAGUACGUACUGCAAUUAGCCGCCGAUCAAGACUUGAUAAAAUGAGAUCAAAACUAAAACACGUUACCAUAUAAUUAACUCCUAUAAAUAUGGAUGAUGUACAUUUUGCAGCAAAUCAAACCAUAUCGAUACCUGAGUAUUUUCAUCAUGGAAAACCAAUUCCCUUCCUUUCCAUUCAUUUUCACCUUCCUAGUAUUUCUCUUCAUGGUAUUAAGAUUAUGGAAAAAUUCCAAAAAAAACUCAGCUCCAAAUCUUCCACCAGGGCCUUGGAAAUUGCCUGUAAUAGGCAGCAUGCAUCAUUUAUCCGGCUCUUUGUUACCCCAUGUCCGCCUAAGAAAUUUAGCCAACGAGUAUGGACCUCUUAUGCACCUUAAACUCGGCGAAGUCACAAACAUAGUUGUUUCUUCACCUGAAACUGCUAAAGCAAUUAUGAAAACCCAUGAUCACAUAUUUGCUCAAAGACCCUUUCUCCUUGCAGCAAAUAUUAUGGCUUAUAACUCAACUGACCUUGCCUUCGCACCCUAUGGAGAUUAUUGGAGACAAAUGCGAAAAAUCUGCACGCAAGAAAUCCUAUCUGCUAAACGCGUGCUGUCAUUCGGAUUAAUAAGAGAAGAAGAAGUAUCAAAAUUCAUUAGAGAUCUUUCUUCUCGUGCAGGAUCAACUGUUAACUUUAGCAGAAUGUUCAAUUCUGUGACUUACAAUAUCAUUCAACGAGUAGCUAUUGGCAAGCUAUGGAAAGGAGAAGAAAUAGUCAUUCCAGCUUUCAAGAAAUUGAUAGAAGCUGCCGGAGGUUUUAGUCUUUCUGAUUUAUACCCUUCAAUCAAAUUGCUUCAUAAAAUUAGUACUACGAAGUUUAAACUACUGAGAGCUCAUAAAGAAACAGACAAGUUAUUCCAAAACAUUAUUGAUGAACAUAGAGCUAGAAAGGCAUCAAGAGCUAAAUCAGGUGCAAAAAAUGAAGAAGAAGACAUAAUAGAUGUCCUUCUGCAAGCUCAAUCUGAAGAAGAACUUGAAUACCCUAUAACAGAUGACAACAUAAAAGCAGUUAUCAUGGACGUCUUAUCUGGUGGUACUGACACAUCAGCCACCACUGUCGUAUGGGCGAUGUCAGAAUUGCUGAAAAAUCCAGACGUGAUGAAAAGAGUACAAACUGAGGUAAGACAGGUUUUCAGUAAAAAAGGGUAUGUGGAUGAAGAAAGCAUCGGGGAAUUACACUACUUAAAAGCUGUUGUCAAAGAAACUAUGAGACUACACCCGACUGGUGCAGUACUUACCAGAGAAUGCAGGGAAGACUGUGUUAUUAAUGGUUAUGACAUUCCUUAUAAAUCUAGAAUCAUUAUAAAUGCAUGGGCUCUUGGAAGAGAUCCUGAUUACUGGCCUGAAGCUGAGAGAUUCAAUCCAGACAGAUUCUUGAAUUCUUCAAUUGAUUAUAAAGGAAAACAUUUCGAGUUUCUUCCAUUUGGUGCCGGGAGGAGAAUUUGCCCUGGAAUAUUAUUCGGCAUAUCUAAUGUUCAAUUUCCUCUUGCCCGAUUGCUAUAUCAUUUUGAUUGGAAACUUCCUAACGGAAUGCGGCCAGAAGAUCUUGACAUGAAUGAAAAGUAUGGAAUUGCAGUGAGAAGGGCAAAUGAUCUCCAACUAAUUCCCAUUCCAUGCUUUCCUCCACAGCCACAGGUGAAGUAAAAUCUAAACGGAGCUUUUGAUGGUCAAAGUAUUGUACGUAAAUUAUCAGUUGGAUAUGGCAAAUUAUGUAAUAUAAUUAAGGAGAAAGUCAAUAAAAAGUUUAUAAUAAUUAUAUA